AUGAGUGAUUCUCUUCCCUCCAUAAUGAAGGCAGUUCGUCGAACAGGCAGCGAGCCACUUGAAACGACCCUCGUCAUCAACGACCAGGAACCUAUGUCCAAACAUACGUACAACCUACUUCCUGGCCAUGUGCUCGUUAAGGUUGCGUAUACUUCGUUGAAUCCAUUCGACUAUAAAGUGGCCGAGGCCCCAGUACUUGGCAAUUGGGCAUUCAGAGGAAUUCCGUGUCUCGAUUUCGCAGGCACUGUUGCCAGGUCUGCCGAUUCCGAGUUCCAGAAGGGUUCAAAGGUGUUUGGCCAAACACAGCCAAUGAAUUUUGGAGCUUGUGCCCAAUACAUUGUGGUAGCAGCACAAUUGUGUAACCCAAUUCCUGACAACGUUCGACUUGAAGAUGCUGCAACGUUUGGCAUUGCGGGUCUCACGGCAUAUCAGAUGAUUGUGCUUUUCAUUGGAAACGGAGGUGACCGGAAGAAGAUCUUGAUUAAUGGUGGCAGCGGCGGGCUCGGUACCUACGCUAUUAAAAUUGCCAAAGCACUCGGCUGCUACGUUACGGCGACGUGCUCGGGUGCAAAUAUAGAUCUUUGCAAAGAAAUUGGUGCUGAUGAGGUCAUCAACUAUCGCGCCGAAGAUGUUGUCGAUGCAUUAAAACGGAGUGGCAAGCAGUAUGACCUCAUAAUUGAUCCCAUUUUCUCUGAUCCGCGGCUCUACUGGGAAUCUCACGAAUAUCUCAACCCGAGAGGCUCAUAUGUUACAGUCGUUGGCGGGCUGGAUUGGAAAUUUGUUAAACAGCUAAUCACUAUCUUUCUGUGGCCUAAAGCAUUGGGCGGGGGUCAAAGGCCGUUUCAGAUCAUCGGCCGCAGCUCUUCUAGAAGCGACUACGGAGUUGUGAAGCCGGUCAUUGAACAAAUCUAUGAUAUGGAAGAUAUAGGCGCAGCUUUUAAAAGGAUCAAAUCGGGCCGAGCGCGUGGAAAGUUGGUGGUUAGGAUUGCAGACUAG